AUGUCUCAAGUCUCAGGAAAGAAAGACUCCAUCAAAGGCAAGAUUGAGAAGACAUCUUAUGGAGUCAAGGUUAUGGGAUUGAAUGCGCAAUCCUCCGCUCAAUCCAAGAAGGAUUCUGGAAGAAAGAAUUCAAGAACUCCUGCCAGAAAAUGCUACAAGUCGAGUAUGAGAUCUCAGGGCACUCGUGACUCACCUGUGUUUGAGGAUGUUUCUCAUGAAAUUUCCUCUGCGGAUGAAGAGGCAGAUGUUGAGGCUUCUGCUCCUCAAACUGAAGUUCUUGUAUCCAAUGUGCCUGAUAAGGAGAAUUCACCAUCUAUGGAUUCAUCCUCUGAGUCCAAGAACUCAGCACCAGAGAAUGAAGCCCACGAGGAGGUCUCUUCUGAGGAGUCUACCAAAUCUCCUCCAUCUGUUCAUGAAAUUUCAGAUGCUGAUGACUCAGAUGAUGUUCCUCUGGCAAGUGUUGCUGCCAGGAUGAAGAAGAGAAGAAGGGUUCCCGUUGAAGACACUCCCUCUGAUGUUCCUUCUUUCCCUAUUGAUAAUGUUUCCUUUCAUGCUGCGGAGAAUGUUCUCAAGUGGAAAUAUGUUUGCAACCGCCGGAUUGCAAAAGAAAGGGAGAUUGGCAAGGAUGUGCUUGAGUGUAAGUUUAUUGUUGCUCUCAUUGACCGAGCUGGUCUAAGGAAGACAAUCAUGAAUAUUGGAAAAUGUUAUGAGAAGCUAGUGAAAGAGUUCCUAGUUAAUUUGACAGAAGAUGUUGGCAUUCCUGGAAGUGCUGUAUUCAGGAAAGUUUAUGUGCGAAGGAAAUGUGUAAAUUUUUCUCCUGCUGUGAUAAACCAAGCCCUUGGAAGAAGUGUUGUGGAGUUAGUUGAGGAAGAAUUGUCUUUGGACAAGGUUGCCAAGGAACUCACUGCUGGACAAGUGAAGAAGUGGCCUGCUAAGAAGCUUUUAUCUACAGGGUUAUUGAGUGUGAAGUAUGCUAUUCUGAACAGGAUAGGAGUGGUGAAUUGGAUCCCUUCUCAUCAUACCUCUGCUGUCUCUGCAAGUUUAGCCAAACUGAUCUACAGAAUUGGGACUGAGGUAACUUUUGAUUUUGGCUCUUUGGUGUUUGCUCAAACUUUGAAACAAGCAGAAACUUGUGCUAUAAAGCUCCCCAUCACUUUGGAUCAUCGCUUGUUCCUGGAUCCCCAUGUCCUGGACAUUGAUAUGCCAUCUCGCAGGACAUCAAUUCCUGUUUCAAUGUCUGCUUCUGGAACUCAGAGUGUUAUUGCUGAAUUGGAGGAUCUUUCAAAGGAGUUGCAGGUGUCUAUCAAGGUUGCUACUGAGAGGAAGCUGAAGGUGGAUACUUUGAUUACUAAGCUUAAAGAGGAGGCAGGUCACGAGGGUGAGUCUAGAAGUGAUGCUACAGAGGAGGAAGGAUCUGAGGAAGAGGAGUCUUCAUCUGAAGCUUAA